GGGAAAUGUCGCGGGAAGUAGCUAUAGAGACAGAGCAGCUUCCUUGCAACGUUUGCUAACAGAGCGGAGAGGACUGAGAGAUUACUGUAACCUAUCCAGUGAAGAAACCAUCUUUUAUACUUUUUAAUGUUUCAUCUGGACUAGCAAAACCAAGAAAUUUAGAAAGAAUGAGGCUGAAGACGUCACACUUAAAGGAACCAAAACAUAAAGAAUUGGUUAGCUGUGUGGGCUGGACUACAGCUGAUGAGCUAUAUUCAUGUAGUGAUGAUCACCACAUCAUAAAAUGGAACUUGUUAACUAGUGAGACAACUCAAGUAGUGAAGCUUCCUGAUGAUAUCUACCCCAUAGAUCUUCAUUGGUUUCCCAAAAAUAUAGGUGGAAAGAAGCAAUCCCAUGCUGAGAGUUUUGUACUCACAAGCUCUGACGGCAAGUUCCAUUUGAUUUCAAAGACAGGAAGAGUGGAAAAAAGUGUAGAGGCUCACUGUGGAGCUGUACUUGCAGGAAGAUGGAAUUAUGAAGGAACAGCAUUGGUUACAGUUGGUGAAGAUGGACAAAUAAAAAUCUGGUCUAAAAGUGGAAUGCUAAGAUCCACUUUAGCACAGCAAGGAACACCAGUUUACUCAGUAGCAUGGGGCCCCGAUUCAGAAAAGGUUCUCUAUACAUCAGGGAAGCAGCUGAUUAUUAAACCUCUUCAACCAAAUGCUAAAGUUUUACAGUGGAAAGCCCAUGAUGGAGUUAUUUUAAAACUUGAUUGGAACUCAGUCAAUGACCUUAUCCUGUCUGCUGGUGAAGACUGUAAAUAUAAGGUGUGGGAUAGUUAUGGUCGUCUACUGUACAGCUCUCAGCCUCAUGAUUAUCCUAUAACAUCUGUUGCCUGGGCUCCGGAUGGAGAAUUAUUUGCUGUGGGGUCUUUUCAUACUUUGCGCCUAUGUGAUAAAACUGGGUGGUCAUAUGCUUUAGAGAAACCAAAUACUGGCAGUAUAUUUAAUAUUGCUUGGUCUAUUGAUGGUACUCAAAUAGCAGGAGCUUGUGGAAAUGGACAUGUGAUUUUUGCCCAUGUCGUGGAGCAACGAUGGGAGUGGAAGAACUUUGAAAUAACGUUAACUAAAAGAAGAACUAUGGAGGUCCGUAAUGUUAUUAAUGAUGCAGUGGAUUUACUUGAAUUCCGUGACAGAGUCAUUAAGGCCUCUUUGAACUAUGGGCAUUUAGUUGUUUCAACUUCUCUUCAGUGUUAUGUGUUUUCUACAAAGAACUGGAACACACCGCUUAUCUUUGACCUCAAAGAAGGAACGGUUAGUUUAAUUCUACAAGCAGAAAGGCAUUUUCUUCUUAUAGAUGGUGGAGGGAUCUAUUUAUAUUCCUAUGAAGGACGAUUAAUUUCAUCUCCAAAAUUUCCAGGAAUGAGGACAGAUGUAUUAAAUGCCCAAACUGUAUCUUUGAGUAAUGAUACUCUUGCAAUAAAAGACAAAGCUGAUGAAAAAGUUAUCUACCUGUUUGAAGCAUUAUCUGGGAAGCCAUUAGGCGAUGGGAAGCCUCUUACCCACAAGACAGAGAUCACCGAAAUUGCCCUUGAUCAGAAGGGACUUACAAAUGAAAGAAAAAUUGUUUUUAUUGAUAAAAACAGAGAUCUUUACAUUACUUCUGUGAAGAGAUUUGGGAAAGAACAGAAAAUUAUCAAAAUUGGAACAAUGGCACACACUUUGGCUUGGAAUGACACAUCCAACAUACUUUGUGGACUCCAAGAUACACGUUUUACAGUCUGGUACUAUCCCAAUACAGUUUAUGUAGAUAAAGAUCUCCUGCCAAAAACACUGUAUGAAAAAGAUGCAAGCGAAUUUAGCAAAAAUCCCCAGAUAGUACGUUUUGUGGGAAAUCAAGUAACGAUCAGAAGAGCUGAUGGCUCACUUAUUCAUCUCAAUAUAUCACCUUAUCCAGCUAUUCUUCAUGAGUAUGUUAGCAGUUCAAAAUGGGAAGAUGCAGUCAGAUUGUGUCGCUUUGUUAAGGAUCAAACCAUGUGGGCAUGCUUAGCUGCUAUGGCAGUUGCUAAUAAGGACAUGACAACAGCAGAAAUAGCCUACGCAUCAAUCGGUGAUAUUGACAAAGUUCAGUACAUCAAUUCUAUCAAAGAACUUCCAUCAAAAGAAUCAAGAAUGGCUCAUAUACUGCUGUUCAGUGGAAAUAUACAAGAUGCUGAAAUGCUUCUUCUUCAAGCAGGCCUUAUUUAUCAAGCUAUUCAAGUCAACAUUAACCUUUAUAAUUGGGAUAGGGCACUGGAACUAGCAGUGAAGCACAAGACACAUGUUGACACAGUUUUGGGUUAUCGACAAAAGUUCCUGGAGGACUUUGGUAAAAAAGAAACCAAUAAGCGAUUUUUGCAGUAUGCAGAAGGUUUGGAAGUUGAUUGGGACAAAAUCAAGGCCAAAAUAGAGAUGGAAAUUGCUAAAGAAAGAGAACGAGCUGCAGCCACUCCAGCAGUCAGAACCAGUGUAACUGUACAGCGCUAA